UUGCUUUUCAAAUCAAACCGUUUCAUUCAGUCGACGUCGACAGUCAUUCAGUUUCAUUCAACGGCUUCUGUUGCUCUGUCUCUGCCGUUCGUCGUCUUCGUCGCAGUCGUCAUUUGAGUUGAGUAAAAUACCACUUUUCAGUUCUUGCCGGUGUCGUAUUUUUUCGAAAGCGGUAUACGAAAAGGUGGUUGAUUUUCUUUUUAUACAUUCAAAUAAAAUUUCGGUUUUAUUUUGUGUUGAAAGAAGAAUUCGUAAAAUCGUAAAAGUGAUCAAAUUUGUACGCUGAAUUGGAAUACCUAUCUACAAUAGGUAUACUUACAUAUACAAAAAUUGAAAGUGAAACAAAAAUUCGUAAUUAACUUUGGAAUACUUAUUCCUUCUCAUACCAGAACAAAAACAAUCUACAAAAUAAAACCAAACAAUUUGCAGUUUUAUUUCGAGGUGAGUCGUGAGUGAAGGUUAUCAAUCUCAGUCAAAGUUGGCUCAUAUUUUCAAGGUUGAAUUAUACAAGAAAAACCAGUACACCCAACUUAUAUACACACGAGUACAAUCAAGGAAACAAUAACAAUACAAAACAGACAUGUCCUCGAUGAAUAUGCCCCCACCACCGCCACCCAAACCAAAUAAAAUGAACGGCAAUCGUUCUGUGAACGGCAGCACCAACAGUCUUUGUGAAAUUCAGAACGGUAAUGGUCGUAGUCCUUGUCACACUCCGCCACAUACGGACCGAGAACAAGUCGUGAUGACUCCCAAAGGCAAAACAGCAAAUAGCACAGUUAUUCUAAUUGAGAGGAAGCUCGUUGACGAGAUCAAUGACCGAGUUCAUGUUGCUGGAGGAGAUCACACCGGAAUCAUUAUUAAUAAGGACACAAUAAAUGGCCAGAAGAGUGCCACAGUUCGGGCUCAUCUUUCUCUGGAAUUCCGUGUAUUCCUGGUUAGUGCAAAUAGUGGAAAACAUUCCCAAGAAGCUAGAACUCUUAGAUUCUGGUUCCGCGAAUGGCUGAAGGAUGAAGAGAAACAAGCUCACAUUGCCCAGGAUUUCUUCAGAGAGCUCGUCAGUCCAAAAGAAUUUCCCAGAGAUUAUGUAGGUUUCAUUAAGAAGAUUAUGAAACUUCUUCAACGUGGAUAUGAUGAAAUACAGUCUCUAGAGAUCGAACUAAAGAUACUUGAAGAAACCUCUGCACCUCCCUCUAGACCACCAAGAGAUGGUUACAUUAUCUAUUGUUAUGGUGAUUGCAAUCGAAAGUUUGAAGAAGCCCUUCUGGCACAAAAGCAAACAGUGUCCAUGGAAGAGUCACAAUUUGAAUCGCCACCACUGACACAGGAAAAGGUUCUUGAACUAAUUGAGCAAGCUUAUCCGAAUCCCAUUACACCAGAAGAUUUGGCCAAGGACUAUGGUUGGGAUGAACAAGAAGUCAUAAAAGUAUUCCACUCGCUUAAGAGUCGUGGCCUCAUUAAAUCUAUGGAAUAUAAUUCAUACACAAGAAUUCAUCAUGAGGAUAAGGAAAUUAAGGUCGUUAAACAAAUGCCAACAAUUGCUUCCAACAAACAACCGACAAUCGCUAUUAUCACCGCUCAAUAUUGUGAAAAGUUGGCCGUUGAUUCCAUGUUAGAGAACAAAGAGACAUUUGUUCGUUACACAACCGUAGACUUAGACCCCAAAACUGUGAAUUCACUUAAGAAAAUUAAAAAGAAACGAAGAUUUGGUGAAUCGAACGUCUACACAUUGGGCAACAUUGGCGCACAUAGAAUUGUUAGCACAAAACUUCCAUCGGUCGGUAGUACUAGAGAAGCUAUGACUGCCACAGGGAAUACCACAACCAGACUUUUGGGGACAUUCCAGAAAGUUGAUUAUGUUUUCAUCGUUGGUGUGGCUGGUGGUGUUCCACAUUACACAGAUUACAAAAAGCACGUCCGGUUGGGUGAUGUCGUUAUAUCUUAUGUUGAUAAAAAUAGGGCGCUAUUGGGAAGAGGUGCAGAUAAGAAAGCUGAGAAGCCCUAUGUCUAUGUCUAUAGCAGUGGCGAGGAUCUAAAAACUUAUUACCCUGUGAAUGACUGCCUACAACAAAUUGCAGAAAAUCUGCAAGCUAACAUGCAGAGCAAACGACCUUGGGAAGAAUAUCUUAAGGACGGUCUUAAAAAUCUUUCCAUGAAAACCGAUACAGAUUUCAAUCGACCAGCGUUAAAUACAGAUAAGCUUUUCAUGAAUAUUGGCAAUAACGAGGUCAUCGAAGUUGCACAUCCAAUUUCUGGAGAAGAUGUGGUUGAUGGAUUACCACGAUCUCGGUUGCAUUUAGGACCAAUUGGUUCUGGACGUGAUUUAGUGCGAAAUGAUGGCCUGCGUAUGAAAUUCGUCAAAAAUCAUGGUCUGCUUGCUACUGACGUAGAAAUGAGUUCGGUGCUUGACAGUAUUAUUGGAAAUUGCAGAGAAAGUUUCAUUUUAGUCAAGGGUAUAUCCGAUUAUAAAGAUGGAACGUCAACACGCAAAUGGCUGAACUUUUCUUCUCUUGCUGCUGCUUCUGUGAUGAAGUCUAUCAUUUGUGGAAUGGACGCUCCCACAAAUGUUUAAAAAAAUAAAUACAUUUAAUCAAAAUAAAUUCUAUAUAUUAACUUUUCAUACAUAUAUUUAAACUUAAUACAACAAGUAGAUUUUGCAUUUAUACUAAUAAAUUUUAUCAUGACCAUGAAUUAAUAUUCAUGAUUCUGUUUUUACUAUGAAUAACUAUACCAAAAAAAACUUAAUUUAAAAGUUAAGUUUAAAUAAAAAAAAGUUUUUUUUUUUAAUAAUUUGAUGAAUACAUCAAAAGUAAUGUUUUGUUGAGUUUACCUAUAUUUUCUAUGUUUUUAUUUUUUGUUUAUGUAAAUAUACGAUAGUAACUUAAAAAUAAAUCUCUUAUUAAACUUAA